AAUACCUAUCUAUAAAAGCAAGAGUUCUAGGGGCGGAUGGGCAUCCACACUGAACACUAAGAAAGAAAUAAAAAGAUGAGUAUUGCUCAAAGAUGGAGACUCCUAAGUGGACAAGACCAUUGGGAGGGUCUGCUAAACCCUCUUAAUAUCGAUUUACGAAGGUACAUAAUCCACUAUGGAGAAAGGACACAAGCCACGUACGAUACUUUCAUCUCAGGAAAAGCUUCCAAGUAUGCAGGAGCAAGCAAGUACUCCAAGAGGAACUUGUUUACAAGGGUGGGUUUGGAGAAUGGGAAUCCCUUCAAGUACAGCGUGACCAAGUAUCUGUAUGCAACAUCACAAAUCGGUCUUCCUGAUGCUUUUAUAAUAAAAUCAUUGUCAAGUGAAGCUUGGAGCAAGGAAUCAAACUGGAUAGGGUAUGUUGCUGUGGCUACAGAUGAGGGCAAAUCUGUGUUAGGAAGGAGAGAUAUUGUGAUUGCUUCGAGAGGAACAAUAAAAACGUUAGAGUGGAUUAACGAUCUCCAAUUCCUGUUGGUUCCUGCUCCUAUAAUUUUUGAUGGUGCAGGGUUAUUCGAUCCUAAAGUGCAUCAAGGUUGGUACUCUAUGUACACUUCAAAUAAUCCUCAAUCUCCAUUCAAUACAACCAGUGCAAGAGACCAGGUCCUAAGUGAGGUAAGAAAGCUAGUCGACUUAUACAAACAUGAAGAAAUCAGCAUAACUGUAGUGAGGCACAGUUUAGGAGCUUCACUGACUACCCUAAACGCAGUGGACAUAGCUCGAAAUGGCCACAACAAGCCAACCGAGGCACCAGACAAAGCAUGUCCUGUCACAGCCUUUCUUUAUGCGAGCCCUCGAGUUGGUGAAUUGAACUUCCACAGGGUUUUCAAUGAACUGGAAGAUCUGAGAGCCUUACGAGUCAAGAAUAUUCUUGAUAUUGUUCCAAACUAUCCUCCUUUGCCCUUUCUGGAUGUGGGUGAAGAGCUGUUAAUUAAUACUCAGAAUUCACCGUACCUGAAGAGUCCAGGUACAAUCAGUACUUGGCAUAACUUGGAGAGUUAUCUGCAUGUAGUUGCAGGAACACAAGGACUCGUUGCAGAGUUUGAAUUGGUUGUGAAUCGUGAUAUUGCACUUCCAAACAAGAGCGAUGAUUGUUUGAAAGAUGAAAAUCUUGUUCCUGCGUCAUGGUGGGUUGAGAAGAACAUGGGAAUGGUUCAACAAGAAGAUGGCUCGUGGAAGCUGAUGGACCAUGAGGAGGAUGAUUUCUAAUUCGUCAAGGUUAUGAAUAAAACGUGCUCGUAUUUAAAAUUGUUGUGGUGCUGUGUGUUUCAAUAAAAUAUCAACCAUGCGUGUAUUUUUCCUCCCUUCCAAUUGUGGAAUUUAUUUAAGUUGUAAGCCGAAAUGAUUCGGUAUGAUGGAAUAAACUAUCUUCUAUAUUGCAUAUGAGUUCAUUUAACAAGGCAUUGGCGUUGUCCCUUU